AUGCUGGCCCUACUGCAGCUAGGAAAGAACAAGGCUCUUUCACAGCCGAUCUGUGAGGUACUCGCAUUCACCCUUCUAACUUCGCGCCGGAAGCGAGCAAUCAACAGACAAAAACGAGCUGCCACAAGUAACGUCUUGGGAGUCACAUCGUUGUCCUUCACGGACACUGAUGCCGCCAAGACGAAUACAACUGACCUUAUUUCGGCAUUGAACACCGGAUAUGACCAGCUUCCACCGGAUCAGAAAUCCCAGUUAACCAGCGAUUUUGAAGUAACUGGUAAGUUGAAUCCGACAGUGGUAUCUUUUACCAAGAGACUGAACGCAUCAAACAACGAAUUUGUCCACACGUAA